GUGUUCUUUUCCUACAUUCUUACGAUUGAUUUUAAUUUUUAAAAAUAUAUACCAGUUAAAUUUCCAGCCAAUGAGAUAAUAAGUGUUAUAUUAUUGUAGUGUAUAUUGAAUAAUUAUUGAAAAAAAUAACAAACCCACAGUUGUGCAAAUAAGUUAAUGAAGACAUGGAUAUCUCUCAAAAUACUUUUAAAAUUCAAUGCUGUUUGGGAUGUUUGUCUAAUAUAGAAAAUACACUGACCAAUCCAUACAAUAUCCAGAGUGAAAUAUUAAAAACGGCGUUUCAGAUGUCCACAAUAAACUUAUGUUACAUUUGUAAAAAAGUUGCACAGAGGAGUGAGCAAUUCAUCAAAAAUGUGCAGAGAAAUCAAAGCUAUUUGGAAACUUUUACUAGUAUUCCAGAUAUAAUGAUUGACACCAGGCAGUACUGUCGCCCGUUGAUCAGUUUGUCCAGUGUUUCACAACGCAGCAUUGUUGUGUUGUCUGACAUUGACAUGGAAGUACCAGAAUCUGUUAUAUGUGAUACACACACAAAAGAUGUGGAGAUAAAAUCAGAAUUCAAGCGAGAGUUGUCUACUGAACCUUCGGAUGAGGAACUUAUUGAUGAUGUUGAUUGUCAAGAUUCCUCUAUCAAAGGUGAAAAAAAUGUGCUAGAAGAUCUAAAAGAAGAAACCGAAUCAAUGUCGGACGACAUGAGCUUGUCACAACUCAAAAAAACUGUAAAAAAGAGAAAACUUAAAAAGAAAAGUAAGAGAUUGUAUCAGGAAAAGGAAAAGGGGAUGAAAAUAGAUAAAGAUCCAUUUAUAACAAUUAUUAAUAUAUCAAGGGAACAAUGUAUGAAAGACAGAAUAGAAAUGCGCCAAGACCCCAAAUACAUAAACUCUAUAUACAAAUGUGAAGAUUGUAUAAAAGGCUUCAAUUUCACAGAGACAUAUGAAAGACAUAUGGAGAGCCACAGUAAGGUGAACGGUGAAUAUGAAUGUGACAUUUGCAAACGUAGGAUGAACAGUAUGGAAAAACUUGUCAGCCAUAAAAAAUAUCACGAGGUCCGUUACAAAUGCAGCGAAUGCGGAAUGACCCGACUCAAUAGAAUGACCAUCAAAGACCAUUACAAAGCGAUGCACCUAAAUGACACAUUGCAACAUAAAUGUUCGCUUUGCAACAAACUGUUCAACCGUCAAGUGUCACUCAAGAAGCACAUGGCAAACGUCCACAGGAGACGCGAGAGACUCGACUGCAAGUAUUGUACGAAAACCUUCGCAAGCAAAGACGGAUUAAACAACCAUACCAUGCUAAAGCACCCAACGCAGUUGUCAGAGCGCAGUUUCAAGCACAACAUCUGCGAGGAGUGCGGCGAAGCGUUCAAGAGUCCCUCGCAGCUGAAGUACCACGUCACCAAGCAUUCCGACUUUAAAGCCUUCUACUGCGUCGAGUGCGAUAGGGGUUUCAAAUCAAACUACGCGUUGAAACAUCAUCUCAAGAAUGCAGCCGCGCACGUCAACUAUUUAGAACUAAAACUGCAAUGUGAACACUGCGACAAGAAGUUCGGAGUGACCCGAGAGUUGGAGCGACAUAUGAACAGAGUCCAUCUCAACCGCCGCCCGUAUCAGUGUGAUAAGUGCGAGAGGGCGUACCUUACCAUGUGGUCCCUGAGUCAACACAAACGGUUCACACACGAGGGUCACAAGCGACCCUUGAAGUACCCCUGUCCUUUAUGCGACAAAGUGUUUGCGGGAAGUACAACGCGCAAAGUGCACAUGCGCACUCACACAGGCGAGCGGCCGUACGCUUGCACCAAGUGUGCGGCGACCUUUAGCCAGUCCGCCGCGCUCGCCACACACAACAAGUUGGUGCACCUGCGCCUCACGAGGGACGGACAACCCAAGAAACAGGCCGCUAGCUCCUAGACUAUGUGUGAUGGUUCACAAGAAUCAGGCUGCUAGCUCCCAGACUAUGUGCGUUGAUUUACAAGAAACCUUCCGCUAACUCCUACACUGUGAGAAAUGAUUCACAAGAAAUAGGCUCCUAGACUAUGUGCGAUGGUUCGCAAGGACCAUACCGGUACCUCCAAGACUAUGUGUGGUGAUUCACAGGAAACCUUCAGCUAGCUCCUACACUGUGUGAUGCUUUACAAAAUAUAACCCUCGAGCUUAUAGACUAUGCGAUGAUUGAUAGAAAUAGGCCGCUUGCUCUCAGGCUAUGGCAUAUGUCGCGAUGAUUUACCAUUAACAAUCAAACCAAGGCGCUCCUGGUCUAACUUUUAUGCUGCUUACCUUAACUGAGAGGUCAAGCUCAAGAAACAGGCAUCUAGCUCCUAAACUAUAAAUGAAAUAUGGAGCAAUAAACAAUUAUUUACCAGACGCUGCACGCCGGCGCGGCAGCUUCUAGACUACGUUGUAGAUAUUUAAUUAUUUAUACGUUUUAAAAUUAUGAAAUUAAUAAAAAAGUGCAAUAAAUAAA